AUGGUGCCACAGGAGUGGUCACGUGACUUCAAGAGGCGGAUGCGCCAUGGCUCGCUUGUGCGAGACGUUCUGUCAGCCCGUUGCCGAGUAUUCGUGAGAGAAAUCUGCCGCCAAAAAGGAUUACCAGAGCCGGCGUAUGCGACAGCACACAAUCUCGGUGGAAGAGCCCAGCGGUGGGAGGAAAGACCGUGUUGAGAAGAGUGGCACGCCCCCAUGUGCCUCUGGUGGCGUGGCCGGGGAGCUGGAGCGCGUGCAAAGUUGGCCGGCAUGCGUGGACGCCCCCCUCGGGCAGCCCUCCACGGCACCGGCCGAUAAGCCAUGAGUAGUGGCAACCUGACGGAAGCGGAGAUUCUGGAGCGGGCUGCGGAGGAGCGAGCGGCUAUAGUUGCACGCUACGACCGCGGCCGAGACAAGGACAAUGUUGCCCAGAUCGACCCCUGGGAGGACCCAAAGUUCGAGCUAUACCACGUCACUGACAAGUACGGCUUCAUACACAAUGAGCGGCUGCCUGAGAAGUACACGGUCCAUGAGGCAAAGGUUCGCGACCAGGAGAAUGUGCGCCUCAACAAGUGGCGCAAAAUGCUCGAGAGCUGGGACAAGUACUACCCGAACGAGAAGGAGCGCACCAAGAGCACCAAGUACACCACUAAGUUGCGGCGGCGUGUCUUUAAGGGAAUACCCAAUGCAGUCCGAGCUGAGGUGUGGCUGCGGCUACUUGACGUGGCUCGCAUCAAGGCCGAGCAGGAGGGCAAGUACUUGGAGAUGCGGGAGCGUGCACGCUUGUGGUCUCCAGACAUUCGGCAGAUUGACUUGGACGUCAACAGGACGUACCGGAAUCACAUUAUGUUCCGGGAGCGCUAUAGCGUCAAGCAACAAGCCCUGUUCCAUGUCCUAGCAGCGUACUCUGUGUACAACACGGAGGUGGGCUACUGCCAAGGGAUGAGCCAGAUUGCUGCUCUCCUGCUCAUGUACAUGAACGAAGAGGAUGCCUUCUGGGCUAUAUCCGUGCUCAUGACCGAUGAGAGGCAUGCCAUGCAUGGCUUCUUCAUCCAGGGAUUCCCGAAGCUGCGGCGCUUCCAGGAGCACCAUGACAAGGUGCUGGGCCGUCUGCUGCCCAAGCUGAAGCGUCACCUGGACCGCUACGAGAUGCACACCUCGCUGUACACGCUCAAGUGGUUCUUCCAGUGCUUUCUCGACCGGGUGCCCUUCACGCUGACCCUACGCCUCUGGGACGCCUACAUCCUGGACGGCGAGCCCGUGCUGACCGCCAUGUCAUACACGCUGCUGCGCCUGCACCGCAAGACCUUGCUCCGCAUGGGCAUGGAGGAGAUGAUCGACUUCCUGCAGGCCCGCCUGGAACAGGACUUUGGUUUCCAUGAUGACGCAGCCAUGGAGGCCCUGCAGGACGCCAUGGAGGAGCUGCGGCGGCACGGGCUGGCAGUGCCCCCGGGCAGGCCACCCCCGUCGGAGCUGCCCCAGCGGCCAUUUGGGCUCGAGCUGCCCCCUUCCGCUUACUUGCCGCACCGGGGGGCUGCCUCACCUCGCAUCCGCAACUCUAACAGUCGCACGCUGACCAACGGGAGCCGUGCGUCGACGCCAUCGGGGCGAGCCACGCCAGCUGCUGCGGAGAACGACGACGUGGUGUCGGAAGGAUGUCCCGCAACUCCGAUCGGGGGCACCAGCAGCCUUCUGCGCAAGGGGGCAUCCCCUCUGGGCCGACGGGGUGGCGACACGAGCGAGGACGGUGCGAGCUCGGUGGUGGACCCGCUGAGCUCUCGCAACUCGCUGGCCGAGACAUCGCAGACGUCGGCUGCCGACCUCUCCAGCUUCUCGAGCCCAUCGGCGACACUGCGGAGAACGCCGUCGCUCUACGACAACGUUGACUACCAGGAGAGUCUGGAGGCAGCGGCUGCUGCUGCAGCGCAGACUCCGGUCGCAUCUCUGCCUGCGGCCGGAGUUGCCUCGGCCAGGGGCGCCGCCCUGAGCCAGCAGCGGGCUGGCCAGGAGUCGCCGGAGGCCAGCGGGGAGGCAGUGCGCAUCUACGUGCCCUACCACGGGGCGGGCACCGCCACCGCUGACAAGGACUUGUCCGGUGUAGCAGCAGCAGCAGUGGCCAAUGGCGACGUGACGCCCACCAACCAGGACCCAAACAAGAUCACCAUCCACGUUGACCUGCAGCACUACGGCGCGGGGGCGACGACAGCUGCACCCGUGGCGGGACCGGCAGCCGUGAUGACGAGCGUGCGCUGCGAUGGUGGAGACGGCGGCACCCUGCGGCACACGGGCAACUCGACCUUUCACCACGUUGCCACCACCGACCUCUAGCGGGAGGCGGCGCGGCCCCGUUCCUCGGGUGCACGUCAACAUGCUGCUGGGACCACGGUUACACUGAAAUGGGCCAGAGCAACAUGGCGCCUCGUCAGAGCAUGGCCAUUCAGCUGUAUGCUGCUCUGCAGGGCUGCCGAUCAACUGAGCUGGCACGUCUGCCACGUCUUGGCCACAGGUGUCGGUGGCCUCGGCUACUGCCACCGACUUCUCACCCCCCACCCCUUGCUGCUUCUGUUGCGAAAAGCAACGAGUGCUCCUCUGGCACACGAGAUGAUUACUAAGAGAAAAAUUCUACUGUCACGAGUGCACCCUGUGGGUGUAAGCCACAAGUGGCAACCCUGUGUUGUCAGUCAGGAUAUGCUAUCAGGUGAACACCAGUGUUCCCAGUUGCAGACAACAUGCUCGUUGCUGAAAGCAUGUGCCCAUGGUUUGUGUUACAUACCAAAUGCUGCAGAUUCGAGGAGCACCGGGUACACUCAACUUUUAUGUAGGCAAAAAAUUUGGCUCCAUUUGCACUAAGAUUUGGCAAAGAGGUGGUGUUUUCGUGGUGCACUCCAUUUAGUGCAUUUCGGUUCAUUACUUGAGUGUUCCACCUGGGAAAAAUCAAAACUAUGUGCCAUCUGCUGUGGCAGCAUACAAGAAACUGUAAGCAUGAAUGGAACAUCACUACAAUGCCGUGAAAUUAACUUCUUUGUUUGGCAUUGCCGAAAGUGAAUCGUACUUCUGAAAGCAAGUAUUUAUUCCCUACGCAAGUAGUAAUACACCCAAAAAUGGUCUUUAACUUUGUGUACAAGGAAAUGCCAUAUCUGUGAAUAAUUGAAGUGCAAAUGACCCGGCUGUUGAGCUGAAAAAGUUGCAUAUACUGUGUGCCCCUGGUUACUCAUUGUUCGGUCUAACCUUGCAAACAGCAACCCUGGUUCAGCAGGGAAGCAUUCUUUGAGCCACGGACAUGGGCAACUUGCCAGCAACUCCACGCGGCCCAACAGGCACGUUGCAACCUCACCGAUACUUUUGUCACUAGGUUGCUCAUUAGUUUGCCAGUGGCCUGGCAAACUUGCGUGCGAGUUCUUUCUCGCAAAGUUGCUUGCUGGCUUAGGUACGGCUGGCAGAUCUGACCCCUGGCAUCGAAGUCUUUUAUUGCUUGGGUUGGUUUUCAAGCAUGCGCAGGUUACCUUACGGGUUGCACUGAAGUCACUCAGGCCAUUCUGAAGCUGGCCAUUCUUAGUCAUCUCUAUACUUUUUUGUGUGUUUUGCAUUGCGGAGUGGGUUUCUUACUCCUAGAAAUGUAAAAUUUGUGUUGAAGUGGGAAGCAGAGAUGACAUACUCUUAAGAGUCGUGCAGAUUUUGCACAUUGUUUGCAAGCACGAAUUUCCUUGCAUGGCCUGCAGCCUGAAUUCGUGCAUUUGUUUAGUUAUAAAGAAUUACUGGUGUUGAAAAUGAACAUCACCAUCCCUGCUUCAUUAUGGACUCGGUCGUUUCUUGAUGCGCUGGGUUUCGUCAUCCUGACAUUGAUCACACGGGGCUUACAGAACACGCUAUAUGUAAGGGACCCUUGCAAUGCAUUGUUGUUGCAACAUGCAAUGCAUGUUUUUGUGCAUGUAUUAAAUGCUGUAGGUGCACUCUUCUUUGUUUUUUGAUGGUUUACGAAUGGCAGCAGUACUUUGAGCCUUGCAUCUUGGCACAGAGUUGGCUGACAGGCAACACUGCCUGUUGAGAUGUGACUGCUCGGACGUUAAGCCCUCUGAGCUUGAAAUUUAGGCACGUGACUUUGUAAGGGUCCUUGGUUUUACCUUGUCCUAAUUUCACUGAUCCUAGGCAGAUUAUGUAGUGCCAAAUCAGUUUUUUUCUGGGAAGUGCGUGUGUGUGUACGUGCCUUUGUUUUCAUUUUUUUUUUCUUUAUUGAACUAACUUAUCUUGAUGACCGUUAUCUUGUAUAGGAAUUGUUGCAUGCGACAGCUGAAGGGCUUUUGUUGUUGUGUGAUCCAUAACGUAGGGGUUGUGAAUGGUAUAAAGGACAUUUCCCGAGUGGCGUCGUAGCCCGAACUCUAUACAGGCCAAAUUUUUUGCUGCAAACAGCGACGGGGUGCCAUUGUUCUGUGCUGCCUUAUACACCUAUCCUAAGUGUAGGAACCAACUACUAGCAUAAACUUGCGUUGCUAUGUGCAUAAGUUUGAGAGUUCCCUUACCUUAUUGUCUCUUGGGGACAUUGGCAGUGUUCCACGCUCAUGGCACAGAUAUCGCUGUCGUGGAUGUCCGAACUUUUUUCACUCACCAACUCCAAAUGAAGACAGGAAUAAAAAUAGAUUCAGUGCCCAUGCAGUGUGAAUCUGUCUUAAACUUCCUUCUAUCAGAAGGCCAGAGCUGUGAGCCUCGGUUCAGCAAGACUUGGGUCGGUAUGGAAACCAUUGCAGGAAUCGGACAAGGACAGAAGCUGAGGCACAAAAAUGUGUACGAAUGUGUACUGUUUAUUAAAGAUUUAUUUUUUGGCUAAGCAGUUUGUAUGCCGAAACGAACUGUUGAACGCAGUCAAUAAUGUAGUUCUUUCUUUUUUUAAACUUUAUAGCACACUCUGGUACAAGUGGUACAAGUUGCUCAUCUGUUGCCUUGUCCAAGAAAAAGAUAGCUAUGCAUAAUUUUUUUUCGUACUGCCCAUGAACGAUGCAGAGAAGAAAGAAAGCAUCAAAUCAACUCGACGUUUGUUAAAAAAAAGGUGCGUCUGUUUGGGACUCGGCUUCUGUUGUCCGAUUCACCGAGACUUCAGGGUCCACCUCGCCUCCAGUCAGUGCAUUCCUUUUCACUCCCUCGAGAGGCAUGGCUGACAGUGCCUGCCCGCAGUCAUUUUGACAAACGCAAACAGUGUGUCAUCUGUUGUACUAAAUCUAAAACAUACAGGAGGUUGCUUGCAUUUCUUUGAACCUCGGCGAAGCGCAGAAGUGUCACCCGUGGAAGUCCCGGUUUUUCCACGAAACCAGAUCGAGAAUCCUUGGUUUGUAUGUGGCAAGGGAAAGCUGGAGCCAGAAUUACCUCUGGUAUCCCAUCACUGUACAUGAACAGUUUUCAAAGCCCUAGUACUAGCAUCAACAUGCAGUGUAUAGCACUACAUGCUACAGCGACCAGGGUUUGUAGCACUUAUUGAGACCCUCGGGCAUUAAAGUGCCAUUUUUGCUUUAUUUGGUUUUCUUUUUUGCUAAGCUUAAAUGCUAGACAUCUGGCCAUUGUGCAGUCCGAAAAUCAAGCUAAUCCUAUCCUGUUGAAACAUUUUGUUGAGCCUUUCUCGAUUCUUUCUUUUGUAUGCAGUUAAGAAAAUAUUUAUUCUCAGUUGUUUAAAACAAUGUUCUGUUUUCAAACUCCUCCAAAACCCUUUUCAAUUUUCUAGAAAAUUACCGAUGCAAACCCAGUAUUGUCCCUGAAUGCACAGUUGUGAUCUUCAAUGUGCAUUCUUUUGCGAGAGUAUCGUUCUACACCACUGACAAUAUUCCGAGCUUCAGAGAUCCAAAGCACAGUGGACGUUGUGUUUUGUCCUUGACUAGCUUUUUUGUUUUUCAUUGCAAGAAUAUAUCGUGCUGCUGUUCACGUUCCACGUUUUGGCAAUGUAAUAGGGACAUUUUGCUGGGCCAACUUUUCCAGCCAUAAUACCGAAUACUCCUGCUGCCGAAAAAGGGAGUUUAUGCACUUGCCUGAGCUGAUGCAUUUUGCCUAGUGAGAUGAACUAAAAGGACUGAAUGGACAGGACAGCAUUGGUACAGCGCAAAAAAUACACUGCAAAGGACAGGCAUGGCAGUGCUGACCUGCAACUAGCAUUCGUUUAGACUGCAUCAGCUGUACGUGUACCCUGCCGCAUUGAGCAACCAAAUGAAACUGUGCACAGCACAUGCACAGGCCUGAACGUACCUGUCGUGAAAGCCACAUCCUUAACUGUAUCAUUUGCAUGGUCAUCAAGAUGGCCAACUCGCCAAGACUGAGGUCCCAUUAAACUAAAGUGAGCACUUGCCUUCAAGUGAUGCUUUCACAUUGACACCAUUUUAUUGUAAUUCAAUCGAUCUUUUCCAUUAUUUGUUUGUGAUAGAUAGAAUGUGGCAGUAAAGUCUUUGUUCCUCUUCACAUUGCAUAGCGUUGCCUAACACGGCUUUUAUGAAGUCAUAUUUUAACUCGUGAGUUCUCAGCAUUCCGGAAGGUUGUCGUUGUCUGGUACUUGGGCCACAUCUUGGACCCACACGAAAAUUGGCACUGUUUUCUAAGUGACUAAUCACUUUGGUGGAAUGGCGAGGGCACAGCAGCACAUCAUUUUAUUUAUAAGUUGGGACAAGAGUUUGCGCAAAACAGUCAAUUUGGACAUAUUGUGUUUUUGUACAGAUAAGCCGCCCCUGCAUAUAACCCAUCGGUUAAAACAAAGUAUGUGUGUAACUUGUGCAGAUAGCCUUGGACAAUGAUGUUUGACUCAAUGACCUACAGUACACGAUAAUGAGGGAGAGAUCAUAAGGGUAGCCUGUUGGGAAAUAUUGUACGCGGUUUUCUAGCACAGAAUUUCUUGAAAACACACAGUUAAUAGAACAACAUAGGUAAAGUUGAAGGUAGGGCACUGGACUUAAGACACAAAUACACAUCAGCUAUUUAUAACCAUUACUAAGCAUGGACUGGUGCUUCAUUUGUGUAGUGGUACAGUGUGGUACACUUCUGCCAUCUUGGAUGCUUACUGUAUAGACUCUUGUAAGGGCCCCACCCAUAACUUUGCAGCCAUAAAUUUGGUUUUAAAAAAUCCAUCUGAAAAGCAACCGCAUUUGGUGCCCUGAUGCCACUGAUGCACAUCAUUGAAUUUUCAUGCGCUGUGCACUUCCACGAACCCCCACCAGAUAGCGAGAGCUGUGCGUUGACCUAUGAUGCAGUGGCACAGUUGAGGAUCUGGAGUGUGCUGGCACUUGGCAGCAUUUUGACCAAUAGUUCGGUCCUGUGUAAGGGCCGCACCUCGUCAAAAUUGUGGAAGAAAAAAGUGCGGCCCUUGCACAAGUUCAUACAGUAUCUAAAUGGCGAGUGUAAAAAAAAAAAAAGAUUAUUGUAGGAAGAAAGUAACCAGAAAAAACAUGCUGCGCAAGGUAAUCAGAUGGCAGUGUACUUAUUUUGUUCAGUGCUUUUCAGAGACAUGCUUUCAAAUAAUUAUUGAUGCUGUGAUGAAUGAAGGUGAGAGCACCAGUUUGCAGGAAAUCGGGCCAAUACGAACUAGUCGCUUCCUUAAUCUUUUUUAACUUUUUUUGCAUGCCAUAUGUAGGCAAUUGUUCUGCUGUGUAUAUUUGCGGGUUAAUUAUAAAUCUGGUGUAAAGGAAACUUAUGUUCCUGUACUUCACUAAUUAGUUUCAGCACUGGCCAGAAGCAUGUGCACAGCCACAAGUACUCACCUUUAGAAUGCAUCCAUGCUGCCUUGGUCAUCUAAAGCUGCUAGCUGGGUGCAGUGACUAGUGCAUAAUUGACAACUAGUGAGUUUUCACCUGCUUCUGUCUGCGAGUCCGCACAACUCUCUCCAUGACUGCCAGAGCUUCCAUGUCUUUCCGUGGCUGGAGGACAUUGUGGGGCCUUGCCUGUGAACAGCAUGGCCGAGACAUAUCCAAACGAGCAACGCUGUCGCUGGACAGAAGUGUGCAUUGUGUUGCUUUGUGUGCACUCAAUACUCAGUGAGUGGGUUGGCCUCGACGUGUAAAUAGUGCAGUCUUGUAAAUGGUCUGCUGGAACUUAGCCCAUCAUUUAUUGCUGCAUACCGCACAUUGCUUGUCCAAUUGCUGCAUGUGUUCUGUGGCUUCUGGUGCGUCCAUCCAUGCCUGGCCCUGGCUAGAACCCUGCACGUGCUGACGCAUAUUUGCACGGAUACCAACUUUAUAUUUUGUUCUUGUAGCUUCCAUCCUAAAGCUGAUACUAUCACAUUGGGUGCCACACAGCAAACAUAAGAACCACCUUUUUUUUUUCUGCUGCUGUGCAAUUAAUCACCACAUGUCUAACCCAUAGAAGAAAAGCAUAACCUUUUUAGCCCUGUGGGCGAGGAGAAAAUGAUUGACCAAACUAGCAAUUUACAGGCGUUUGUUCUGCAAUGUUUAGGGGCCUAUCAUUCGAGCCUGUAACUGUGGUUGCAGUAUACAUCAUCAGGUCACAUUAUAGUCACUGACAAUGCAUCUCUUUAAAUUUUGUUGGGCACUUCAUAAAGUUAGCUUCAGCAUUAUAAUUUUCAGUGCAGUUUCACUCUGAUGAAGUGCUCUCUGUGCCUAGGCUGGUGUUGGUAGAGAGAGUUUAGAUAAUUUUGAUCUGGCAUGUUGGGCAUGCCAUGCCAACCCAUGCGAAUGACUUGCUCUACUUAAAGAGUCUCUGUUAGGUGCAAGAAAGUGAGAAAAAAAAAACUUCAGUUUAGCACUUCAUAAUGUUCUGAAGUGUGGCACCAAGGAGCACAACAGUUCAUGCCUCACAAGCUGUUUCUAGAGAAACCACUGUUCUAAAAUUGCAGGGCUCUUUCCUGCAGUUCUUAAGGUAUUCAGCGAUAAUGUGGCAUGUGCGACUUCUGAUGUGCAAGCUGCUGACGGCGUUCAACUCAUCAUAAUUGCUCAGAUUGUGCUGUUGAAUCUUUCCUCUCAAGAAGGUUGUGGCAAAAAUGACUGCUUUUGCUUCAGGGCUGUCCAAGUCGAGCGCUUUGCACUCAAGGUGAAAUGCUGCCAGCUCGGAGGGUGCUAGACUUUGUGAGAAGCAAAUGUUGUUCUGCUAUUCUAUUUAAGCGCGAUGAUGGACAUGCAACGAUGCGCUGACAAAUUUUAAUCAGUUCUCUACAUAAUCCUUGGAUACAUUAGUUCUGAAAGGUGGAUUAGUACUAUUUUGCAAUAGUAGCACAGUUUAAAAAUUCCAUUGUGACUAACAGUGGCACUUGCUUUCAUUUGCUGCCAGUUAAAGGUGCAGUUAUAAGUAACCGUUCGUGAUUUCUUCAAACGCAAGACUAAUUUGGCCAUUAGAACCAUUAUUUUGCUGUUUUAUGAGAAUAUGCCACUUCUGUCACCUUCUUAAGAUUUCCCUUAGCCCAAGAGUGGGCUAAUCACUAUAAAUUUACCACUAGAAACCAAGUUUGUAGUGGUAGCUCGUAAAAACAGCUUGUCUCUUUUAAAUGGUCAAGUUUAAUAGUUCAAUUCUUGUUAUUCUGCGGCAGUUUUUGUCAUGUUUGGAUUGCAGAUAUUCAAGAUGCGCACAUUCUAUUUUGUGUAAUAUUGAUAAUGGGUAAAACCUUCACAGCAUUGCUUUGCUGGCAAGUGUGAAAUUGUAAUUUCGAUUGACAGAAAAGAUUUUUCUACCAAACGUGCGUAUAAGAGUACCAGGAAGUACCUGCCUCUACUAGUUGAAUCGCUGGUUUGCCAAUACUCCUAAUUUUGUGCAGAUGGGCUAUUUCGUAGUGCAUGCAGUUUAAUAUCACCAUUAGUUGCGGUACUUGUCUGUUUCCUUCAGACAAAAUCACGAGUCUGUGUCUGCGGUGAUGCAUCAGAAAGGGUGUUGAUUUCACUUCAAUGGAAAGGUAGCGCCAUCUGUCAUUGUUAGCACAAAACACAGCCUCCCCUGUUUGGCCAUUACAGUGAGAGCUGGCGCCACUGUUUCAUUCUGCUUUUUUCUUUUCUUUCGUCUCCCAUACUUCUGACUCAGUUCAUACAAAACAGGCAAGUACUGGUACUAAACUGCAUUCACCAUGAAGUGCUGCUUUUGUGCCAAAUUUGAGAUCAAAUGUGUUAUGUUCGCAAGAGCAGUGACAUACACCUGACCUUCCUAUUCAUGAAGCAUCCGGUACACUAAGCAGGUUCAAUCUUAGGCGAGACCUUUUUGGCAGCAUUGCACUUGAACCAAUGUAUGUUCUAGUCCAAAUGCACAGAGCAAUAAGAGCGAUUCCCUAGCUAGAAUUACCAGGCAAUACGCAGGAACUGCUGCUUUUGGUGGACACGACAUGCAGAUAAUACAACAGGAAAAAUGUAUAGCCUCCAGAGCAGCCAUUUUUGCCUUUUUAAUCCCUUCUCUGUGCAGCUUGUCUCUGCCAAUCACUCAUCCUGCCUCGAGUUCCAAGUUUGUUGAGCCUGAUAAUUCUCCAUUGUGCACCAGCUGAUGAAGCCCUGCCACAGUCUGCUUCCUUUGCAGCUCUCGCAUUUGCUAUUCUCCACUUCUAGUAAUUCCACGAUACAUAUCCAUGCUUCUUCUACUAGCAGUGUGUGUGCGAGGACCGUACAGCGUGAAAACCUCUGGAAAGCCAGGGUUUUCAGGAAGGCUGAGUAUAAAUGUUGCACUAUGCCUUCUUGCAGUUUGAUUGCAUAGUUAGCAGAUUUAAAGAAACGCACAUUGGAUGUGAUGAUUGUUGCAGGCAUGCUGUCUGUUCCACUGUGCUUUAUAAAUUUCAUUGCUUAAUAAAAACAAGGUGUUGACACUGGAAGAGGCAGACAUGAGGCACUCUCAGUGUGUAGUAUGCCAUUUCAUCUUGCACAUGUUGCAGGCAGGAUUACCAGGGGGAAAAAAAAUAGCACAUGUAAGUGAAGCAUACAUGUUUGCUCACUUUGUGUGCUUCUGGUUCAUUUAGCUGCUGUGCAAUCUGCACACUUCGCAAUAGCUUCAACCAGUGUGCUUCGUUAGGCAUCGAAUUCUACUUUGGCAUCCGUUCUGCUCAGACACAGCUGACCCAGCCCUAAGCAAGCGUUGCAAUGCUAACCACGCAGUGCUCUUCUCUUCAGCCCCUGCAACAGGCAAAAAAAGAAAAAAAAAUGCCAGACUUGUAACAGCCUGCACAUAAACUGUUGGAACAGGCCCCUGCUUCUUCCACUUUUCUCGCUGCACUUUGCAUUCACUUCGGGGGUUUGUGAAGUGCUCCGUACUGUACAGACUCUGCCAGAGCUUUCAUGCAAGCCUUUUUGUCUUCAGUCAUCCCCCAAUUCCUGUACCUUUGGCGCUCAAAUUACUCAAAUGAGGAUAGCCUUACUUCUUAAAAAAUAUGCACAUCAGAUCUUCAGAGGUUCAACUCUCUGAAUUGCAAAUUACCUAUCUCUUCCUGUUUGCCCGUGAGAGCUACUCAAAGUUAGCUAAAUGCGUGUGUCUGUGUCAUUACAUUGCAUGCAUUACUUACAAACUCCUUUUCACAACUUGACUGCAUAUUGCAGGAAGUUAUUAACUAUGGUGAAACUGCUACUACUAUUACUUCAUAUGGAAGGAAAGUGACCUAGUUCACAAUGCGUUUUGUUGUAGAGUGUCGGCGGGACUUAAAUCUGCCGGAACCUGUCUGGCAAUACUAGUGAAAGGCGCCUUUUAGUAACAAGGGGAGUCAAUAAUUCAAGACUCAGUAAAGCAGUGAACUGGGCUGUCGGUGUAAUGUGGUAACUGCAUUUAGUAAAAAUUUUUUUGUGGGUGCUCCUUGUUUCAUUGUGUUUUUGAAACCUUACCAAGCACAUUUAUUUCGUUAUAGAUAUAUUACUGUUGAUCUGUACUAAAACAGCAGUGUUGACUGCAUACAAACAUAUUAAAACAUUAAAUAAUCCUCCGCAGGUAGGGUAAAUAAAAUCUAAGUUGUUCAAGGCUGUCAUUAAUUUGAGUGGCUUGUGCUGUAUUUUAACAAUUAGGCUAAUCUCUAGUGUUCGAUAAAGCUUGAAUUCUUUUAAGUUCUUGAACUAUGUCAAAAAUUGUAAGACACGAAUGUUUUUACAACGCACACAGUGUAGCUCCUUGCGAAAGCAGCUAGGCGUGCCAAGAUUUCCUGCUUUCAUAGUCGUUGGCUUAUGAUUGACCGUGAAAGUGAAGUGUCGGGCCACUUGUAUAGAUUGACUAAAAUAUUACUUAGCCAGGACUGCAGUUAUUUGCUGUGGCCUUGCAAGCACAGUGACUUGGGCGAGUUCUUAUCGCACGAUUUGAUGUAACUUUCUUGAGCUUUUGUGUUUCACUUGAUGACGUCAUGCAGAGCAAGUGUGGUUAGCAUUUUACUGGCAAAAGUCCUAAGCGGUUGUAACUUGUACAAGGACAAUCUACUUGGUGAGUUGUCUCUGUCUGUGUCUGUACGGUUCUAGUGCAAUUUUCAGGUAUUUAUUGUCAUUGUGGCGGCAUAUUUUUUUUACAUUGGUUUUAGUCUUUCAUGGUAGCACGAUGAGCGCACAAAGCACUCUAUCGCUGAAACACUCAAAUGCUGCUGAAUCCAGUCUGUGCCAGGAAUGCUCUCUUACCGCUACAAUAUGUGAUGAACAAGUGAAAUGCAAGUGAGAAACUGAAAUAUAACACCUACAAGUAUACCAAUAACUCGAAAAAGUGAGUUUGCACUGCUACGUGCAUAACCGCCAAGAAUGCUGCACUCCUCGAGCUAGGUGUACAAACUGCAGUCGCACCGAUAUCGCGCGAAGCGAUGAAAGGGUAAAUAAGAACACGUUUCAGUUGGCCUGCUUCAUUAGUUCACGUGGGCUCUGUGGAGGCCUUAAGACAAUUUUUUAGCAAAUUUCUGUGUCCAACUCGUAACAUUGUCGUUACUUGUUUUGAAAUAUUGGGAACAAGAAAAUGUGUUGGUUGGCAAACGUUGUGCUUGGACAUAAGUCCCUCAUCCAAUUGGCUGCACUGGCACACGUUGCAGUUCUUCCACUGGCUUCAACAGCAUCUUGUAGAGUACAUCUGUUUGUUUGUUCUUUAUUUAACUUCGGUGUACAUAUAUACCUAUACAUAUUCUAGAUAUACAUAUGUGUAAUAGCACUUGAGCAUCCUUUCAGACUUGCUCGACGACUGUGGCCAUGCAAUACUUGUCUCUUGUCCCCUGAGCCUGCCCCUACACUUAACGCAAGCGAGUGAUGACCUCUGCUCCUUAGGAGCAGGCAGCACGAAAGGCGGGGCAGGUGCAUUGUGAUGACUGGAUGGGGACGCUGUGCUUUCAUUGGUCGCAGACAUGCCACUGCACGUGUCUUUUGGACAUCGAGUCCCAGCCUUUCCUUGAGGAGAAAUCACUGCUUGCGGUUGUUGCUGCAACAAUUGUGGCUCAAUGCGCCACCCUCAGCGGGGCGACGAAAUUCGCCAAAAUCACCGUGACGUCGCAUCACCAACAGUGACAUGUGGUGGAACCUGUGGCUAGUGAUAACCACCGAGGGGCUUAGUUGGUUCUGCGGACACUGGCAUAUAAAGUGUACUACAACAAGCUGCCAACAGGAGGUAGAAAGCAGACGUGCUCUACUCUUGCUUCAGAUAUGGCAUUUUGGACAGAGCACUUUUUCUUCCUUUCAUGUUACCUGUCGCUUGACUGAGUGAAUUGCAGAAAAGUUACCGCAUUGUUCUGAUUUAAUGUUCCAUUUUAUUUGCUUCAAUGUCUUGUGCAUCGCAAGUCAUUACUUCUGUAAACCAAUCAGUGUACUGUGCACAUACUGCCGUGCCAGAGUGAAAUGCAAGCUACAAGGUGCACUUGCUACAUUUGCCAGUGGGUACUUGUGGGGGCACUAGUAGCUGGUGAUGCCACAUCAAGUAAUUCAGUGUAACAGAUGUGUACUACUUCAUUUCUUCCAUUAGACAUAAUGCCACAUUGUGCGAAUUAUACUAGAACAUCUGGCCCCAAGGAAUGUGUGCAGUUGUGUGCAUGCAUCGGCCACUCCAGGGCAGCAUGGCUUUCUUUGUUGAUGCCAUUGCCCUGCUACUUUCUGCAAGGGCAGCAGGAUUCUUUCAUGCUCCUGUGUAAUCUUGUGUCCCUUGGUCACAACAAUAAGCAGAGCCAUCGACGUUGCACAAAUUAUCGCGCAGCAGUCUGUUAGAUAUACAAGUCGAGCAAUACCUCGUAGGAAGUCUCGCACGAUUCUGUGCAGACUGCAGCAAAGUGGUCGGUGUUGAUGUACUUGUCAGUGGCACAAAAAGCACAGGACAGAUUAAAGGUACGUGCACUCAGAUGCGCAUUGUUAACGGGGAGUCUAUUUGGUUGAAUAAAUUGCUGGCAGCACCUGUCCUCUCUGUGUGUUGUUCUCGUUGAGGUCAUUGUUUUUGUGCACAAGCUAACCCAGCAGCAUGGUCUCGACGAAAACUGAUAUAAAGGUACAGUCACACAAUUGCCUGUAAGCAUUGUCCAGAAUCAUGUGACCAUAGCUACAUAAAAACAAAAUGGGUUCUGAGGGCUGUGCACUCCACUUUGUCUGUCCCAUGUUUUCUGCACCAUUCACAAGUGUGUAGCAGUGCCUGGCAGAAGCUAGUGUGCCCAGUGCAUGCAUUGUGCUGCUCAGUAGGACAUCAGUCUGCAGGAGUGUGUUGCACCUGUGAACUUACAGCCUGUGCAGCCAGCGUCUCGGCAGCACGUGCAAGUGGACAAGGUUGCCAGGCUGCGUCUCCAGAGCAAUGCUUUCACAUGCGUCUCGUACAUCUUUGCCCGGCCAGCCUAGCUGUUCGUUCAGUCCUUGCUGCUAAAUCGUGCCUGUGACCUUCGUGUAUCGAAAUCAGUGUAAUGAAACAACCCUGUGUAUAGCAUCUCUACCUAGAUUUGUACAUACUGUGGACUGAUCAAUGCCAACUUAGUUGCAUAGCAUUUGUAAUCAGUUGGGGCCUGUUUUGUGCUAGCUUCUUAAGUAUGUCUGUGUGCAUUCCGACGAGAUUGGUACAGGGCUAGACAAUUGCAAAGUCUAAUGGUACCAGUGCUUUAAACCCUACUGCCAUAUGUGAUGGACCGCUGGGUGUCAGAUGGACUUUUGCCUAUACCAACUCCAAACGUGCAUCUAGGUUCAUAUUCUGUUUUGUAUUGUUGUUGUUGUUUUUUUCUCCUUUUUGAGCUUGCAAUUCAAUGGUGCUCUUUGACAAAAAACAUGGAAACUUACUUGCCUUGUUUGCAGUAGAGUGACUAAUGUGAAACAUAGUAUAUACUGAAAAAGCGAACCCACAUCUUUUUUUAAUUUUUUGUGCAUGGGCACCUGCCUUGGUUUUUCAUUUUCACUUUGCAGUACAACAGUAACUUAGAGAAUUUCAGCACAUUUUCCAAACUAAAGCCUGCAUUUUGUCACAGAAGCAGGACAAAGCUAACUGCGAGGAACACACACACGCGUAACUGUUGCUUGCAAAAUCAUAUUCAGCAUGGAAUACUUAGUUUGCAAUUGCACACAAUUGCAGCCUUGUCUCUACAAAGGAAAUGAACACCGUGCAGUGUAGUGUCUGCUUUGUAGACAAAAAAAAUUAUUCCCAGCUCACUUAAUUAUUCUUUUUGCUAAGAGAAGUGCAAAACCUACCACAAGGUACCAGUUACCAUGAAAUCUGAAACAGACAAGCUGUGUUGGCAUCCUUCUGUAGUUCUGUGGCCACUUUAGAGUAGCCUGUGAUUCAUAUUGAAGGGGAAGACUUUCACCCACCCAUAUGUAACACAAACCUGCAAAGGAAACUUGUACAGGUUUCUCAAAAAGCUUCACAGUUGACGAAAAAUUUGUCCUGGUCUGCGAUUGGAACCCAGGACCAACGCUUUUCCAGUGCGGUGGCUCCACCCCUUAGCUAACAAGCUAGCGGAUCACAGUGUGAGAUUGAAUUAAUCUACAACUCAGAGUGCAGGGACACAAUAUGGCAAGUCAGUUUUGCGAAACUCCGAAGUGUGGAGGAAAAACUGUCAUCCACCCAAAUGUAGCACACAGCUACAGAGGAACAGGUGGAUGACAAUUUUCCCUUUCAUAACACUUCCUCCAACUUGCAAGAUUCCGCAGAACUGACUUGCCAUACUGAAAACAUAAAAAAUUAUUCGGAGAAGUCUGGACGUCAUGUUGGGUUGCCAUUUAAAAUGAAAGCUGAUUGGAUUGGUCAAUGUACGGUUUUGAAUAUGUGCAUACUCCCAAGCUGUGUUUGACAUGAACAUGCUCAGCAGGGAAUGUUUACGACCUAGACUAGGGCUGACCACAUUCACAUUGGUGUUAAGCAGGGUCUCAAUGGGAAAAGGCCAACAAGGCUUGCAUCGAGUCCUCAAAAACAUAAACAUCACACAUGUUCACGAAGGGUAUCGACCAUACAUCAAGAAAUGAGACGGAAAAUAAACUGAAAUUUGCGAACAGAAAGAACUGCUAUAGAAGUGCAACAAAAAAUCUAGUAAUAAAAUAAUACUUGACAAAGCAUUGUGACAGAGGCUGGAGAACUAGAAAAGCAACACACAAGAUGCUUUACUGAACUUGAGUGCAGCACAGCACAAGAUGGUGAUAAAUUGAAAACAGCUAAUUUGCAAAUAUUCAGAGAAUUGAAGAAAUUUUUCGUGCUAGGGCGUGAAAUGGCUGUUUAUGCCUUGAGCCUUUUCUGCCAAGCACUUCAUUCAUUGGUUUGCACUGAGGUUGCUACAAGUGAAGCUGAGCUUCGGAGCUUGCAUAAAGCAAGGCACAUAAGAAAAAAGUGUGUUCCCAUGCCAUCUAUUGACAACCUCUUGUCAUUUUGUACGAGUUCUUUUCACUGUAAAUAUUUUGCUUUUUGGGAAGCCUCUGAAAGCAGUGGAGUAACAGAUUAUAGAGCAAAAAAAAAAAAUCUGCAUACUGAAGCAGGCUCCACAUUUCUUCAGUGUAAAAAAAGCACACAAAUUUAUAAACAAAACAUUGUGCCUGGUGGUCCAGUAGGAUGACACCUGUCAACACUGAGGGAAGAGGUUUUUAUUUUGCCUGGGAAAUUUGUCAAUUAACUUUGUGUUGGGAGGGCUUUAAUCACAAUGGAAUCAUUUGUGUGUUUGUACAGUAGAUAACAUGUGAAACAUGACUUCUCUAUAUAUAUAUGUAUAUGUAGAGCCUUUUGGUACUAAAUAAAUUAAUUUUUAUAAUGA